GGUAGAACAGAUUUCGCGUGAUCCUAUCUCGUCGCUCUCACUCCUCCUGAACGCGUCACCCCAUCCAUCAGCGUUGCCUCAAGAGACGAUUUCCGCUAAAAACGAGGCAGCUAUGAAUGCGACGGAACCCGUCAGGGCUUCCAGAGGCGGCAAGAAACCCACAAGGUCAAAAUCGGGGUGUCGGACCUGCAAGAUUCGACGUAUCAAAUGCGACGAGGGACGCCCUGGUUGUCUACGCUGCUCUAGCACAGGUCGCGUCUGUGACGGAUAUGGCAUUUGGGAUUCGAAACUUCGUCUUCCUUCAACAACUGGUAGCCUCUAUCAGCCCAUUUCCCCUUCAUGUUUAUUCUCCCGGAAUAAAAGUACACUGUCAUCCUUCGCUUGGUUUACAACUCGGGCAAGGAAGAAGAUCCCCGGUAUUUUUGCGUCUGACUUCUGGAAUACGCUCAUUCUUCAAGUCAGCGCCCAGGAGACCGCAGUUCUACACUCUCUGGUGGCACUGGCCUCCGCCCAUAAGCGGGGGAUGCUCUCACCCCACGACGGGCUUUCGGAGUCUGGUGUGCCUGACAACGAGAGCUUUAUGUUGCAGCAUUACAAUGCGGCGAUUAUGCAGCUCCGGCACCACCUGACUGUCGGGGAUAAGAAAUCAGUCCGAGUCGUGGCCAUCUCAUGUUUGAUCUUCAUCUGCCUUGAGUUUCUGCGUGGAAAUAUGAAGACAGGCGCCAACCACCUUCAGAAUGGCCUGAAUUUGCUGCCCCUUCUCAACUCGCAGUCGGACGUCGAGAAAGGUACUCUUGUGCUCAAGGCCCAUAACGAGUCGGUGGAAGAUGCUGUCACAGAAGCAUUCCUCCGCUUGUACGUCUAUUCGGCCAGCUUCCAUCGAUUUCCCCAGAAGCUGUCCAUUCUUGCACAGGAUUCUGCAUUUGACCGUCAAACUCAUGCUUUUGCUACGAUAGGGGUAGCAAGGCAGCACCUCGAUGAACUUGUCAAUAGGGUCUACCGACUUGAAUCGGACGUUCGCCACUUACAGACCAUUCGUCAUCCGAUCACGAAUACAAUGUUGCAAGAGCAGCGACACAUCCAGAAAGACCUAGACUGCUGGCUAAGGCUCUAUAAACACUCCUAUGCCAAGCUUGUAAACGACAGUUCUGCGGAAUCACUACCGCUUACACUUCUCCAUAUCCACCAUACUAUGGCAAACGUAAUGGCUGGGACCUGUCUCACACCGGCCGACGAACUUAGUUACGACCUGUUCAACUCAAGUUUUGCCUCCAUUGUCAUCCUUGCCCAGCAUCUCUUGGGGGCUGCCGCAUCCGUCAUGGCCGCAGAUAUCUCAUCUGGAGCCUGCACUGAGAAAUUUAGCUUCAGUGCGGACAUGGGCAUAAUACUGCCUCUAUAUUACAUAAUCCUGAAAUCUCGAUGUCCAAAGAUUCGACGACGUGCUCUGAAGCUGCUCAUUCCCGUGUCACACCAGGAGGGCAUAUGGAACGGACCCUUGGCUUCAUCAAUUGCUUGCAGAGUGAUUGAGAUUGAGGAGGGGGGUUUCUACAGAUGCUCUCCCUUCGAAGAGUGGCCUCUGAACACUUGCAAGGACGCCCCUAUUCCAACAUUACCGGAGUCACAUAGAAUCAGCGAUGUGUACAUGGAACCAUUUGAUAACUCUACUAAAGACAUUACGUGGGUUUAUAAAAGGAUGCAGGGAAAUGGAGACUGUUUAACAUUCCAGGAAAGUGUUAGAUAUCAUGAUAUAGGCCGUUCCAUGCUAUCCGCAACUGGCUGGUUUUAACAGUUUAUUUAUGAGGAUAUAACUUUAUAACUCUUUAAAGUAGAAUAGGGCUAUUUAAAAAGGAUAAAAGUACUUAAGGAAAUAUAAUAUGCGCAUUAAAGUGUACAUGCUAGUUAGCAGCUCUUAAAAG